AUUCCACUGCUGAAGCUUACUCGCGUUUGCUUUGUUCAAAUUGUGCUUUCUCGAAUCGGCAGCAGAUUGAACUUCCCGCCGCACGGAAAAAUGGCGGCCACUUCCACUCCAACACUCCCCAGCUUCCUCGGCAUCGGAUCGAUCCUGUCGCAGUCACCAAUCUCUCGCCGCCGGGGAAGCCUGAAUUUCCGCAGAAUCGGAAGAGUUUCAAGCAGUGUCUCCUGCGACUACUCUUGCUUCGAAGUUAGAAAUGUUAGGUAUAGACCUCCCGGAACGGAGGUCGACCUUCUGAACGAUGUCAGUUUUUCUCUCCCAGAAAAGAGCUUUGGCUUGAUUUUUGGGCAGAGCGGUAGCGGGAAAACUACUCUUCUGCAGCUUCUUGCUGGAUUGAACAAGUCUACUUCUGGUACCAUUGACAUCCAAAGGUACAAGGGUGAUGGCAGCCGAAGUAGUGACUAUCCCAAGCCUCUUCCUCCAGAAAGAGUCGGGAUAGUCUUCCAGUUUCCUGAGAGGUAUUUCGUGGCUGAUACAAUCCUAGAGGAAGUUACGUUUGGAUGGCCGAGGCAAAAAAGCAGUCUUCAAGUGAGGGAGCAGCUUGUUUCACAACUUCAAACGGCUAUUAAUUGGGUUGGUCUGAAUGGAAUUUCUUUAGAUAAAGAUCCUCAUUCGCUGAGUGGUGGAUACAAGCGCAGGCUUGCCCUAGCUAUUCAAUUAGUGCAAGUACCAGAUCUAUUGAUACUGGAUGAGCCUCUUGCUGGUCUUGAUUGGAAGGCACGGGCAGAUGUUGUAAAGCUGUUGAAACAUCUGAAGAAAGAGUUAACUGUAUUGGUAGUCAGUCAUGACCUUAAAGAGUUCACCUCGCUUGUUGAUCAUUCUUGGAGGAUGCAGAUGGGAGGGUUUCUCCAAAAGGAGCUUCUUCCAUUAUAA